AUGAGAGAGGAGAAGGAAAAGAAAGACGAAGAGGAGAAAUACUGGUCUAGGCACCCAGAGGAAUGGCGCAAGUACCAAGAAAAGUUGGCCAUCCAGAAAGAGCAGGAACGACAACUAGAGCUGGAGAAAAAGUUUGAAGAAGAGGCCAGGAGGCUUGAAGAAUCAAACAGAAGAGAUAAUGAAAAUGAGGAGAAAAUGAGGCCUGAACUUCAGAGAGCAAAAGAGAAACGGAAGGAGGCUGAAAUGCAGCGCCGACUAGAAUUAGAAAAACAGGAGGAAUUGGACAGACAAAGGGAGCUAGAAAUGGAAAGAGAGAGAGAACAGGAAAUUCAGAAACAGAGGGAAGAGGAAAUGGAAAGAGAGAGAGAACAGGAAAUGCAGAGACAGGGGGAAGAUGAAAUGGAGAGAAAGAGACAUGAGGAAGAAAUGCAGAGACAAAAACAAGAAGAACUGGAGAGUAAGACCAAGGAAGAGCAACAGGAGGACAAGGGAACAUUUUGCCAACAAACUGAUGAUGAGCAUAGUGAUGAGAGUGGUGAUGAGAACAGUGAGGAGAGCCAAUCACAGGAUGAGACAGAUGUUCCGGUCCCAGAUAAGAGUAUAAGAAGGAGGGUCCUGGGAUGGGUCAAUAAAAAGGUGAAAGAGAGGAAUGAGAGAAAAAUUGAGAGGACCAUCAAGAGAGAAGAGGAGGAAGGUGAAGAACCUUAUUUUCAACCUUUCGCAGGAUUCACGAGCCGGGCCAAAAGAGAGCAGGAGAAGCGCAAGAGCCUACUGGACACAGAGGCAAAAAGGCAAAAUAUGGAGUCGUACUGGCUUGAGUGGGAAAAAGACAAGAAAGAGAAAAAGAUGAAGAGGAAAGAGGACAGGAAAUAUGCCAAAAGCCAAGCCCAGUUGGCCCGCGUUCUCAAACGAAAUGAUAAAGCUGACAAGAUCCUUGAUGCAUAUAAUGGCACAACAAUAUACUCCAGGCAGAACAAACUGUUGAAGAAAGAGAUGAUUGGCUGGUUCAAGGACAAAAAAUCAAGCACACGUUAG